AUGUCUUCAUCGAACUCUUCUUAUGUGGAUGUUCUGAUCAUUGGUGCUGGUCCUUCCGGACUGGCCCUUGCCAAUUGGUUUCGCUCCUCUAACAUCCGCGUACGGCUACUCGAAAAGAAACCUGGCCUGACACCACGAGGGCAAGCAGAGGGAUUAAAAAGCACGACUGUUGAAAUCUUUGAGUCACUUGGCAUUGGACACAAGAUAUGGGCGGAAGCGUGGAGACUGGAAGAGAUCGCAAUAUGGGGGACGGGAAAGACAGAGGAUGGUGUCAUAAUUGAAACUGAGAUCAAAAGAGAGCAGGUUAUGCAAGAUAGAGUGCUCGAGCUCGGGAAGGCGAGAGAAAUCAUGCUUCAGCAAUGUAGGCUCGGCGACCAGAAAGGAUAUCCCGUGACGGUGUCCGUGACAACAACACCGGAUGAAAUAAGGGAAAAUGGAAACCGAACUAAUGACUCAACUCCACAGAUUCUCACCGAAGAAAUCUAUGCAAAAUACGUGGUGGGCUGCGAUGGAGCUCAUAGCUGGACUCGUAACCAGUUAGGUAUAAAGUUAGAGGGUGACUUGACAGACUCUAUGUUUGGUGUGGCAGACAUAGUUCCCAAAUCAAACUUCCCAGACAUCCGAAAAGUGUGCUACCUACGAGCAUCCACUGGGACUAUCCUCCUCGUACCUCGCCCGAAUAGAGAGAUUCGUCUGUACAUUCCCGUUGAGAGCGGUAGCGUUCUUAGCAGCCCGAAAAACUUGACCUUUGAGCGAAUCAUGGAUGCAGCUCGCAAGAUUAUUUCUCCUUACACGCUCGAGGUAGGAUCUUGUUCAUGGUGGUCAGCCUAUCGUGUUGGACAACGCGUCGGUGAACGGUUCGGUGCUAAGAAUCGUGUAUUUCUCGUUGGCGAUGCUGUCCACACCCACUCUCCAAAAGCGGGCCAGGGCAUGAAUACCAGUAUCCAAGAUGCGUUCAACCUUGGUUGGAAACUUCGUCUUGUACUUGAUAACUUUCUGUCACCUUCGAUUCUCUCAACAUACGAAAGCGAACGACGGCCUGUGGCACAAGAUCUCAUCUCUUUCGAUCGUGGAUAUCUGAAGCUUUUUUCCGCACCUUCGGCAAGCUUUGACAGCGAAUUCUUACGUGCCAUGAAAUUCACGACGGGCCUGUCUAUCCGUUACUCAGUGUCACCCAUAGUCCAGGUUCAAGGAUCCGCAGAGCACAUAGUGCCAAGCUUGUUGAAGGCAGACAUAGUUCCAGGUAAGCGUCUGCCAGACUUUCAGGUCGUUUGCCAGGCAGAUGGUGUCACAACACGCAUUCAUCCAAGGCUCCAUGCAAAUGGGGCUUUUAGGAUCCUCAUUUUUGCGGGUGACAUAGCAAAGGGUGCUCAUCUGGCUCGGCUCCAGUCUCUUGGGUCCUGGCUUAGUGAUCAUGAAUCUGGUCUUGGUAGAUUUACCGUUGGCGACUCCCAGGCAAGGGUAGAGGUACUGGUUGUGCAUUGUGCCGCAAGAAAUAACGUGGAGUUGAUGGAGCUUCAUGAGGUAUACCGGCCGUGGAACGAGAAUUUGGGGUGGGAUUACUGGCGCGUCUAUGCAGAUGUAGAAAGCGCUCAUGAAGGACAUGGAAGGGUGUAUGAGAGGCUGGCGAUUGACAGGGAGAAAGGCUGUAGCGUCAUUGUGAGGCCAGAUGGCUACAUUGGGAUGGUAGUGGACGUGGAGGAUCAUGACAGCAUGCGAAGUUACUUCGCAAAUUUAGAGUCCAGAGACACUUCGCUAUAA